GGUGCAGCAGGUGUGUUGAUGCUUCGUCAUCUAAGCAUCCCAUCUGCUGGUAUCAUACCCGUCUACCCCACGCACUGUCCCCAUUACACAAGCAGAAAAGCAACAAUGACCCGAUUAAGCAACACGACUUCCUAAGUGAAUGAAAUGAUCCAUUCAGCUUUGUCUGAGAAGCUUAAUGUCCAGUCAAUGAAGCCUGUUACUCUUUGUGGGAAAGGAAGACAUUUGGUCUGCGUCAUAAAGGCAUCACUGCUGUCUGUCCAGCCUCCAUCUGCCUGGUUGCUCAAGACACCAGCACCAAGUGAACCAUGCACCAUGAACUACAAAGCGGUUUCUUCUAAUACUCACAAUUAAACUGUUAACCUGUUUAAAUGCAAUGUUACGUUUGACAAAACUAAACAAGCAGCUCUUUUCCUGUCCAGGUUUGUUUCAAAUGACUCUGCUGUUAAUUCGAUAAGCGACUUUUGCGUCUUGAGCUAAUCUUGUUUCAGGGGCCGUGAGGUCAUCAGUCAAAUCCCAAUAAAAGCAGACGCUGACGAAAGGGACACGAGCUGAAGUCAUGGAAGCUAUUCAAGGACCGGACUCUACACUGUUCAGAUCGGCGAUCCUCCUCUACUGCAGAUAGCACUUAUAAAAGACUUGCCUGACAUAGAUGAAAAGAGAAGUAACAGCGCUGGUGUUUGUUCUGGAAUUUCCUACUACAUCUAUAGUACAAUCUAUAUGGUGAUACAGCCACAAAGCCUGGGAAAUACCACCUAAUAAACCAGCAGCCAUCAGCACUUUACAAUGGAUUCCUUCACGUCACUGAGCGAUUCCUUCAAGCAGUUCACCAGCUGUGUGUCUGGGAAGAGCACCUCCAAUAAGCGAGGGGCCAAGAGGAGCCAGUCUGUCCGCAGGAGCAGCUUCAGUCGCAGGAAGAGCGUUGGUAGGAGGAGAAGCCUCCCCUGCAACAACCAGAAGGUCCCCGACUCCUGGCUGCGGGUGUAUCAGGAUGAGCUGAAGAGAGAACGGAAACGACAGCAAGCGAUACUGGCCAAGAAAAAUGCCGAGAGGGCUGUCAGAACGACCUACUUCAGGAGCCACCACUGCCUCCCAAGGCACACCACCCCCGCUAGAAAACCAGCCCCUGUAAAGGACGAUUCCUUCUUCGGAGCCUUCCAGGGCCUCAGCCUGGACGGACUGGUUGGAGGCACUAAUGGAACUCCUGCUGUUCCACCUUCUGCUGCAGGUGGAGAUCCAUGCAAAGUCAUGUGAGAUUGAUUAAUUUCAAUCAGACUGUUUAAGUGGUGCUCCAGAAACUUGAAAGGACUCAUGGAAGAAAAGGAUCAUACCUUUACAUUUUGAUGGUUCUCAACAGUUUUCCAGAUGGUACUGUGUAUCAGUUUAAGACCAUUUUUUUUAUGAAAUUAAGGUUAUGAACUGAAGCACAGAGUUUGUUACAGCUUUAUUCAUUGUGUUUAGUCCUGAGCUUCACAUUGCAUUGUGAAAGUGUUUAAAACCCAAGCCAGAAAUGAAAACUGUCUUUAUUGCAUAUGAGAUUUUGUGUUUUGACUGUAUUUCAGCGAUUAAUUUUAAACAUGCAGACCUAAUGUUAAAUAUAUCUGCAAACUUGUGGCCAGAUAAACAUAGUUCUGAUGAAGAUG